GCAUAAGUAGUUUCACUUGUAAGAAAGUUGGUGGCAUUUAUGACUGAUGACGUGGCUUUAUAGACUUGCGGGUGAUAAGCCCUUGCGUCACAGCCCCGUGCCCUUUGUUGCCCGCAGAACAAGAAACUCCCCCUCCUCUGUCACUCCUGCUGCUCUGCGGUAUUGCGUUUCUUCGCUGAUUGGCGUUUGCACAUAUCAUUUGCUGCCUGCGAAGUGUUUCUUUCUCUCUGAUCGAAAGGUUGUAAUGAAGCUUGACACUAGCGGUCUGGAAUCAACUGCUCCACUUUUUGGCGUGGGUAACGAGUUUAAUGAUGGGUUAUCGACAGCCCCAUCGUUUGAGGUUCCUAAUGCUACUGACUUUGAUACAUUUCAGAAGGAAGCUGUGCAAAUGGUGAAGCCGGCAAAAGGGACAACUACACUUGCUUUCAUUUUCAAGGAGGGUGUCAUGGUUGCUGCUGACUCUCGUGCUAGCAUGGGAGGAUACAUCUCAUCACAGUCUGUGAAGAAAAUCAUUGAAAUCAAUCCUUAUAUGCUGGGCACGAUGGCUGGCGGAGCUGCAGACUGCCAAUUUUGGCACAGAAAUCUGGGCAUUAAGUGCCGACUACAUGAGCUGGCAAACAAGAGAAGAAUUUCAGUCACAGGGGCUUCCAAGCUACUGGCUAACAUUCUUUAUUCUUACCGAGGAAUGGGUCUGUCUGUCGGGACCAUGAUUGCUGGCUGGGAUGAAACAGGUCCUGGACUAUAUUAUGUAGACAGUGAAGGAGGGAGGCUAAAAGGAACUCGAUUCUCAGUUGGAUCUGGAUCACCAUAUGCUUAUGGUGUGCUGGAUAAUGGGUAUCAGUAUGAUAUGUCGGUUGAAGAGGCUGCUGAACUGGCAAGACGAGCUAUCUACCAUGCAACAUUUCGAGAUGGAGCGAGUGGUGGAGUUGCUAGUGUUUACCAUGUAGGACCAAGUGGAUGGAAGAAGCUAUCUGGUGAUGAUGUUGGAGAACUCCACUACAAAUACUACCCAGUAGUGCCAAACACAGUGGAACAGGAAAUGGUUGAAGUAGCAGGGGCUUGACUGAUUUGAGUUUCAGAUGAUGCUCCUCUUUAAAGAGGAGAUGGAACAUAACUUUGUUCAAAAUAACACUAAGAAUUUGUUGCCUGUGAUUUGGAAAUAUUGUUGAAUUCUGUCAAAAAUUAAUCGGAAUUGAUCAUAUUGACUCUC